AUGGUCCGUACCGAGGACGUCUGCAGCGAGUCAGGAUCGGACAUUUGCGGAUCGGAUUUGGAAGAUCGAUUGAGAUCGAUCCAUGUGGCUGCUACUGCGGAUCGCCGUUCAUCCCUCAAUGACGUUGCAGCGAACGCGAGAUCGGUCGACCCGAACACCCGUCAAGACUAUCAAGACCGCAAUAUGCCAUUGAAGCCGUGUACUCAUUGCGGAUCGACCAAGCAUGGAGAUCUCGGUUGCUGGAAGCGGCUCACUUGCCAGAAGUGUGGGCGUAAAGGACACCCCUCUGACAAUUGUUUUUUCGUGUGUCGUGCUUGCGGUGAGAUGCACGACCCGGGGAAGUGUCCCAUGGAGGAGUUCUACAACAUGAUCCGUCAGUGGUACGUCCCGAAUAAGCAUGCGGGGAUGCUACCAGAGAAGGCCGAGAAGAUGUUAAACUAG